CGCCGCGAGCCGCUCGUCUCCCCGCAGCGCAGGAGGAGUCGGAGGCGGAGGCGCGAUCGAUCGCACAGCAGCGUGUUGCUUUUCACUGAAAUCCUCUCCGUUGACUAUUCUUUGGACUUUGAGAAGUCAGAGACCGGGAUCGAUCGAUCGAUCAGAUGAUCCUCCUUAACUGAUCCGUUCUUAUUGCCGGAGCCGCAUCUGUCAGUCAAACAACAAGCCGGAGCAGGGAGCGCAGUCAGUGGACCGAAGGACGGCGAUCCGCAGAAGACCGGCUCCUUGAGGUUCUUCUGGAUCUGCUGCGGCGCUUCCCACCGCGUCGGAGGAGGGGAGGGGGGCAUGGAGAUGCUGCGGCGCUCCUCUGUGUUUGCCUCCGAAGUCAUGGAGGUGUUCGACCGCUCUCCCACCGACAAAGAGCUGGUGUCCCAGGCUAAGGCGCUGUGCAGGGACUACAUCCACUCCAGGCUGAACCGGGCCAACAUCGGGUGGCCCAAACCCGACCAGAACCUCUCGGGGUCGGGAGGGUCUCUCCGAGAGGUCUCCUCCGUGCUGCUUUGGUUAGGCGACGAGCUGGAGUACCUGCGGCCCAGCGUCUACCGCAACGUGGCGCGGCAGCUCAACAUCACCGUGGCCUCCGAGAGCGUGGUGUCGGACGCCUACCUGGCUGUGGCCACGGAGAUCUUCUCCACAGGUGGACAUCACAAAGUGCGUGGUGAACACGGACCCCAGUUUCCGCUCUCACUGGCUGGUGUCGGCUGCCUGUACCUGCGGACACUUCCUGAAGGCCGUCGUCUUCUACUUGCUCCGGGAGCACUGAGCGAGGGACCGGGGGGCUGUCGAACGGCUCGCCUCGCCUGCCUUCCCCGUGCGGGGGGAGCCGAUGGUUCUGGAGAACUUUUACUGCCGUAGCAGCUUCCAGUGCCAUGGCAACCCUUGCCUAACUCCUUACCAUUCAGUUAUUAAAUAAUUCUGUUUCCACCGACGUGGGUUGAAAGCUCCAGUCAACCUGGUGUAAGGAGAACAGUAUGUGACUCGAACCCUUGCAGUAUUAUGGAGAUGCAGCUCAUAUCCGUGCCUGAUUUCCUGUGAGUCAGUGGAUUCCUGAAGAGGGACGAGCCCUUGCCACAGACAGUUUAAGCAAAGCAGGACACUUGGGACUGAACUGUUUUGAUCAGCCAAGAGAUAAUGGCAGUUUAUACAGAUCUGGCAUACACUGGUGGCUUGGUGUUUUCUGCACCCCCCCAAAGGUUAUUAUUAGCUCAUUAUUAUUGCAGAGUAUGCAGUGAAAAGGACUGCUGUCUUGGUGAAAAUGCUACAACAAGCAGUAAUUGCCUUAAGGUGGAAGCCAACCGUUGUUUCCUGUGCACCAGAGAGCUGCUGAGUCAUUCCCAGCGAGCAGCCCGGGGACUGGUGGCAUCCCCACCCUUAUUUUCACUCCUUUUAGUCUGGGAAUUACUGUAGAUUCAUUCUUAUGGUUUGCAGCAGUUUCACAAUAAAACUUCAUUUUAAAAAUAAGUUCUGUCUGAUGCAAUAAAGCUAUC